CGCUGCUACCUAACGCAAAGUGUGCGUGAGACAGCUAACCCUAGCCUACAGUUAAUCUUUUAUUAAUUUAAGAAUUUAACAUAACUACGCUACUUGCUCCGCAGGCGUAUUUAUGGUUUUUCCCGUAUUGAGUCGGGUGAUUGCAGUUUAAAAAAAUAAAAAUAAACAGGGGUGGCGGCGUGAUGCUAACGAGAGCAGGCUAAAGUGAGCUAGCAGUACUAAACAGAGCCAAGAUGGACGGAGCUGCUGCGGCUGAUGCGGUCAGAGAGGACGGAACUGAGAAGAAACACCACAAUGGAGACUCAGCAUCUGAAAACAGUGUGUGUGCAUCGGCUGAGGACACUGCUGAAAGGGUUGGGGUUUUCUCCUGUGGGGAUUGUGGAGCAGCCUUCAGAGAAGAGGCAGCCUACUUGGAGCAUCAGCAUCUGCACCUGCAAGAAAAAAAAUAUUUAGACAAACCAUUUGAUGGUUUUCAUGAUGCAGAAAAGGACAGAGACACGGCUCAUUUCUGCACUUUAUGUUCAAUCUCAUUUGUUGAAUUAAAUGAGUUGCACUUGCACAUGGAGAAGGAACAUGGUGAAAGCUCCCAAAAGGACUCCAGUGUUGAACUAAACACUGGGAAAACAAAUCAACACACAUAUGAAUGCAGUGACUGCGGGAAAUGUUACGGUGUGCUCGGACACUUUCUCAACCAUCAGCGAUCACACACGCUAGCCUCAAAAUCUGUUUUUCAUGACCUUGAACAUUUGAAGAAGAAGUCAUUUCAGUGUGAGUCUUGCGGCCGGAGUUAUUCACGUGCCUCAGCUCUUGAUGCACAUCGUCGUUGUCACGAGGAAAAGCUCGUAAAGGCACGCAACAGGAGUUCAGGAGAUUCAUUUCCCGUUGAUGAGUCAACGGUUGAUGCCAAGCCCACUAUAGACCAGACCAACAACACUCCGGAAAAACCUUUCAAGUGUUCAUGUGGAAAAGCAUUUCCUGCUCUGGUGCGUCUUAAAACACAUCAAAGAUUCAGCCGCAACAUGCUAUGCUCUCCAGAGGAAAUGAGAGAAAAACCAAAGAAAAUCUGCAGUGAGUUUCACUGUAGUGAGUGUAAUAAGGCUUUUCAUAGUCAUAUAGCCCUCUUCAAUCAUCAGCGAUGGCAUUCUAAUAUCUCAAAUGAUCCUGCAAAAAGGUUUCCAUGUGAAUUAUGUGGAAAAGUAUUUAUGACUCUAACAUUCUACAACAGACAUCAGCGCAUGGCGCACAGUGAUGAGACCCCUGCAAAGUCUUUUCUUCAUCAAGUGUGUCAGCUGCAAAAGAAAGCAUUUGAAUGUAAAGAUUGUGGGCUUAAAUUCUCCAGGGCUUCAGCACUUCACUCCCAUCAGAUCCACCACACAGAAAAUUUUAGAGAAACAGAGAAGGGGGGCAAUAUCUCCCUUCCUCCCCAACAGAACAGUCCAGAAAGUGAGAGAAAAGACACUGAGCAGGAACAAAAGGAACCAGAGAACGUGAUUCCUACCAGUGUGUCAGAAGAAGACUUGGAUGUAGUUGAGAUGGAUGAAGAUGCUGAGAGCUAUGAACCUGGGGACUUUAAUGUACAGGUGAUAAGUGCAAGUGAAUCUGAGGACGAACCAGCCCAAGACUUGAAUCCUGAUCUGGAGCUUCUGUGCGAAUCAGAUCAUGAACAAAGAGAUGAUUGUGACACUGGAAACCUCCACAGCAGAAUCUUUUCAAAACCAGAGAUGGAUUUGAAAAUUGUACAAAUUGACUUCGAGCCAUCUGACAUGCAGAGUGCACCGAUUGAGAGCGAGCCGGCGAAUUACACAACUGGGGAAAGAUUUGAUUGCCCAGAUUGUUACCGGUGGUUUACUAGUGCUUCAUCACUGCGUGUUCACAGAAUGUGGCACAGCAUCCGUAAGAGAAGACAACAGCCUCAAGGUCAGUCAGCGUCAGUUCACACAAACGACACGUACGGCCACGAAGCCAGUAGCUUUGCAGCACACUACAGUCACAUUCAUCAACACAAUAAUCAAAACACAAAUGAUGACUUAAUGUAUCAAACAGAGGGCUCAGAAAAGAAACAUUUGGCAUGCAAUGAGUGUGGUAAAGGCUUCUCGCGAUUAUCUGCUUUAGUCUCUCAUCAGUUGCACCAUCCCAAAAAAAAACAAUUCCAAUGCCCUGAUUGCAUGAUGUCUUACUCCUAUGCUGCGAGCUUAUUUAACCAUAUGAAAAACUGUUCUGCACAGAAGAAAGAGAACAUUUCUGUCACUAAAAAAGAGUACAAUCCAAAGAAAACCCUUUUAGGCCCAAAGAUUUAUCAUUGUGAACAGUGCGGGAAGGGUUUUUGGUCUCUGGGAGCUUACUCACAUCACAAGCAAAAUCCAAUUCAAUGUGUAGAUUUAAGGCUAAGAAAAGGAGUUUCAGGUUCUUUACACUCAGUUAAUAGACACCCUCGCUCCAGUGUUAAGGUUGCUUGUCCAGUGUGCGGUAUGAAGUUCCGUCACAAGGGCAUCAUGGCAUUACACAUGCGAAAACACGAAAACGGAAAUCACAAAUGUGAACUGUGCAACAGGUCGUUUCGUCUUUUUUCCAGCCUCCUCAGACACCAGGUAGUUCAUAAUGACCAGUUACUCCCACCGCCCAUUAAGUCUUUUCAGCAUCAGGUGGAGCAGUUAAAAAAGAACACAUACAGCUGUCCUGACUGCGGGAAGCUUUUUUCCCGGGCCAAAGCUCUUCAGUUUCACAUGAAGAGCCACGGCUACGAGACCUCACACUCGCCAUCGUCGCCCAGAUCCUCUGUUGCUCUGGAGGAUCUCCAGUGUGCAACAUGUCUUGCACAUUUCAACAACAAGGCCUCUUUGAGGGCUCAUCAGAAACUUUGCAAGAAAAGAGAAGUUCAAUCUGUUGAUUAUAAGGUUGAGCCCCUAGAGAAUGAUAACCAGAAUAAUAUGGAGGCUAGGACACAGGAAAUGUCUAAGCAAAAGUCCUUUAGGCAUGAAAUUGGAAGUGAGGAGCAAAAUAUGGGAAAUGAAACAGGCAACUUAAAAAACUCAAGAACAACCAAUUUGAAAUACAAAUGCAAAAAGUGUGACAGAAGCUUUUCAGUGAUUGGAGCAUUAAAUUUGCAUAAACGAAUUCAUGUAGAGGGUUACAAACCUGUAGUAAAAACAAAAUUGUCUAUGUCGGUUAUAAAUAAAUUUAAACAGGAAGACUCGAGUAAAGGACUAUUUCACUGCUCAGAAUGUGGGAGGCGAUUCAUGUCAAACUCAGCCCUUGGCUCCCACAAAAGAUGGCACAAAGAAAAGAAAAUUUCACGGGCUUUGCUAAAAGAUGAUGAUUUCAAAUCUGUCAGCCAGAAGACUGAAGGUGGACCUUUUCAUUGCAACCAAUGCAGCAAACAGUUCUUUAACCAUUGUGUUCUUCAGCGCCACCAGAUGUUUAAUCAUCAGUGUCAAACCAAAACUGAGCCAGAGCCUGAUGCAGACAGAAGUACCAUGAGCAGCAGUACACUGAAAAAUCCUGAGUUGUCAUGCCCAGAAUGUAAAAAAACAUUUGUGAAGCACUCACUUCUUGCUGCUCACUUUGAAAAUGAGCAUGGUAAAACUUGCACGGCUGCACACCUUCAAGAGGACGGACCCAUCUUGGUUGACCAGCUCCCCCAGCAGGUGGAUGUGAACUCUAAUAAGAGUGAGUCCAUGUCAUCAACUCUGAAGCACAAAGUGCACCAAUGUCCCCUCUGCUCUAUGACUUUUGCUAAAGCAAGAGGUCUGCGUGCACACAGAUGGCAGGUUCACUCGAACAGCAAAAAAAGCAAGAAAAUGAUUAUUUUGAGCAAAAAGACACCCAUUGCCUCAAGUAGGGACCUUAGAGAGAAGGGGGAUUCAUCAGUUACAGAAAAUGCUAUUUCAGCAGUGAAAAAUAGCUCCGUCGACAACGAGGAGAAGAAAACUAGAUUGGACCCCUCGCCUGUGAAAUUGAAUUCAUGCCUUGACAGUGGAGAGCAGUGCAGUCCUGCAGGCACCCGCUUAGACCAGAAGAAAGCGUACCUGGAGGUAAAACAUGAGCCUAAUGAAGGGAUCCAAUCUCCCGACACAUCCGCAGACAGUUCACAAUCUCUUGGCCGCUUGUCUGAGCAUGCAGCCAAAUGCCUCUUCAAGUGUGAUAAGUGUGGGAAAGCUUUCCAAACAGAGGAACAACUAGGAAGCCAUAAGACCAAGGCAAAGAGCCGGCCAUAUUGUUGCGCCCUGUGCUGCCAAGGCUUUUGGACUGAGAAUCAGCUGCAGCAACAUCUUGCCUGGCACGAUGAAGUCCGGUGUCGUCUCCCGAACGAAGUCCGCUUUAGGCUCAGCGCUGCUUUGAGCUCUAGGCCUCUUAAACCAAUAAUGCCCUCUGCUGACACCAAAGGAAAGUCCUUUCCAUCCUUUUCAGUGACACCAGAAAGCCUGUCACAAAACAGCCACAAGUGCCAACAAUGUGGCAAAACCUUCCUUUCACCAUCUGCGUUACAGAAACACGAAACUCAGCACUGUAACAAUGACUCGUAUCACUGCUCUAUUUGCCCCAGGACCUUCAGUGAAAUACAGGACCUUAUUGAUCAUCACCAGGAAUGUAUUGGUGGUUACAGAAAGCAGAGUGAUGCACCUGCUGCUGUCUCAUCUGGAGAUACCAGUGGCCUUCCUUGCCUCGAAUGUGGGACUACUUUUUGCCUAGAAACUGAUUUGCACCAGCACUAUACUGAACACGCCCGGAAAGCGUGUUAGACUGAACUACCUGAAAAGGACUAAGAUGAGUUGAAGACACUGCAAGAGACUUUUUUGACUAGAGACUAAGACUAUUUUGUUUUGCUGAGGUAGACAAACGCUUUCCCGUUUUGAUUGUAUAUUUAAGAUUCUUUAUGUUGUUAAGUUCUUGAGGUAAAAUUCCUUUACCUGGGCUGUUAUUUACACUGGAAUAGUACAUGUUUAAAUGUUAAAGAGAACCUCUGUAAAGUUGUGUUUAGAUCACAUAAAAGGAGUUAAAUUUAACCAUUUGAUUUUCUUCAGUUUGAUCUCUUUGCCCUGGUUUUUCUCCUCCUGGUUAUGUGAUAUGCUAUAUGUAUGGUACAUCAUAUCUAGAUGUAGUAAAAAAAAAUCUGCAACAUUUGUGCAUGUAACCUAAAUCUUGCAAAAAUGAAUGUGGCAAACUACUUAUAACAAAGCUUUUGAAGAUACUGAAAACACUCAUGUGUAGCUGUUGUGAUCACUUUUACUGAGGGUUUGCAGAACAAUAUAUUCUCUGCCCAGUAACGAGAGAAGACAUGAAAUUCAAUAAUCUGCAUUUUUAUGGUAAACUGGUCGAAUGAAAGAAGUGAUUUUGAAGAUUACAGCCAAUAACUACUAGAAAUCCAACUUCACAAUCAAGUAAUCGUGUGAUGUGUACAAGAUGUUUAGCAUUAACUGUUUUUAAAAGCUCCAGUGGUAGCUUCCUCCUGGAAAGAGUAUUGAUGACUAAAACUAAAUGAUGCUUUCAUGUCGAGUGGUUGUUAAUAAGUUGUAAGAUGGAAAGGAGUAUUUACAUUGUAGCAGAGGUGUUAUAUAUUAAUAGGAUUUCUCUAGGUGACUAACAUGUCCCAUUAGACUACCUGUUUAACUUGUUUAUGAAACAAAGAUGAAAACGUUCUCUUGAAAGUUCAAAUAAAUUGACUAAUUUCUCCUGAA